GUUUUAUAUCUUGCAGCAGCGUCUCAGUCGUACGCUGCCAGUCAACCUGUGUUUCAUCAGCUCUAGAUAGAGACUCUGCAUUGCAAAGUUAUGGCAAAUCUUUUUAGGAACAUUUGGUCUAUUUUUAGCCGUACUCGUAGUCUUCCUCCGAAUCCUCCGAAUCCUCCACCACCUCCACUUCUUGAUGAACCAUGGCUGAAACUUAAUUGGGGAGACAGAGAAAAUGACCUGCAGUUCAUAAACAACUACAAACCUAAAGGUGAAGGUCAUCAUCAGUUCAGGAUUCUUCUCCAUGGACCAGUUGGAGCCGGAAAAUCCAGUUUCAUCAACUCUGUCAUCAGCGCCUUGGAGGCUAAAAUCAGUCACAGGGCUUUUGCAAACACCGGACAGAGCAGCUUUACCAAUGAGUACAAAAUGUACAGCAUUAAGAAAGGAAACCAGGGUGAGAUGUAUCCUUUCGUGCUGAAUGACAUGAUGGGUUUGAAGAAUCUGGGUCGGAAAUACAGAAGAGUCUAUGAGAAAGACAUGAAAAUGGCCAUGAAGGGGCACAUCCAGGAUGGAUACACAUUCAACCCUGAGAGUGCAUUGUCAAAAAAUAAUCCGCUCCACUACAACAAGAAUCCAACUAUCAAUGACAAAGUUCACAUCCUGGUUUCUGUCAUUGACGCCGACAGCGUAAAUCGGCUGGACAAAUCUGUGGUGGAGAUAAUUCAGGACAUCAGAGACGAAGCCACUGAACUGGGGAUUCCUCAUGUGGCCAUUCUCACCAAAAUUGAUGAAGUCCAUCCUGAGAUCAACAAAGAUGUGAAAAAUUUCUGCAGGAGCCAGGAGCUUCAGAAAAAGGUUAAGGACCUCAGCAAUCUGGUGGGAAUCCCACAGAAUUGCAUCUUCCCUUUGAAAAACUACCACAGUGAGAUGAUGUUGAACGAUGACAUGGAUGCUCUGAUCCUGAAAAUCCUGAGACGCAUCAUUGAGAUAGGAGAUGAAAAACUUAGCAGUUAAAAAAUGACCUAAAUCUAUUCAGUUAUGUUAAAAUAUUAAAA